GCCUCAAAAAAUAUCCUUCAUUUUCUUUCUUUCUUCUCCGCACUUCUUAAACCCUGUUCCUCUGCUUCUUUGUUCCUCAAACCUCUUCUAUUCUUUCUCUCUAUUCCCAAUUUCAAGUGGGGUUCUUUGAAUUGUAUUAUUUUCAUUAGAUUGGAGGGUAAAGUUUGAAACUUUAAAGUGGAAAGAGGUGAUUUUUUAGGGAAAGGAAGGAACUUUGGUGUGGGGGAAGAGAAACUAGAAUUGCGCUUGUGAUAGAAAGGAUGAAGAUUCAGUGCAACGUAUGUGAAGCUUCGGAGGCUAAGGUUCUGUGCUGUGCUGAUGAGGCAGCUUUGUGUUGGGAAUGUGAUGAGAAGGUUCAUGCUGCUAACAAGCUUGCUAGCAAGCACCAGAGAGUUCCUCUUUCUACCUCUUCCUCUCAUAUGCCCAAAUGUGACAUUUGUCAGGAGGCACUUGGCUAUUUCUUCUGUCUAGAGGAUCGGGCUUUACUCUGCAGAAAAUGUGAUUUGGCAAUACACACUGCAAAUACUUAUGUCUCAGGUCAUCAGAGGUUUCUUCUCACUGGUGUAAGAGUAGGCCUUGAAGCUACAGAGCCUGGUGCUUCCUCAACUUCUUUGAAGUCAGAUUCUGGGGAGAAAAUUUCUGAUACCAAGUCGUCAUCUGUCUCGAGAAAGGUUUCCACAAUGCCCCAGCCAUCAGAUUACAAUGAAGUAUUACCCUUUGAUGCUGGACUAGUUGGGGAGUUUCCACCAGCUAAGGUGUCUUAUGGCGGUGGUUCUACAGCUGGAAACAUCUCACAGUGGACGAUUGAUGAAUUUAUUGGCCUCAAUGAGUUCAGUCAGAAUUAUAAUUACAUGGGAGGAUCAUCAAGGGCUGACAGUGGUAAACUUGGGGAUUCUGAUUCUCCUGUUUUAAGAUCAAGCGAAGAGGAAAUGGAGGAGGAUGAUGACCACUUGGAUUGCGUUCCGGAUUCGUCAUGGACAGUUCCUCAGAUGAUCCCUUCUCCACCUACAGCCUCUGGAUUAUACUGGCCAAAAGACCCUCAACGUUUAUCUGAUAGUGUUCUGUUUGUUCCUGACAUAUGCUUUUCUCAAAUGCAACAACCUCAGAAUAGUAGCAAUUUUUUAAGACGCCGGAGGCAUCUUUAAUUUCCUUACUCAUAUCCCUUCCUUAAUAACUUAAGAGACAUUGGUUUUAUUUGUUUUCUGGUAUGAUGCUAAGUGCUCUCCUCUUGCAGUUAGGCUUUAUUUGAUUGGCUACAUAGUUCUGUUACUUUGGCUAUCUCAGUUUCUUCUUGGGGAGUGCAUCUCAUUGGAAAUUUGCUAAGGGAAGCAGCAACAAAUAAUGGGAGUGUAAAAGGCUUUUACAACAAAGUUUGGUCCUAUAGUAUACUCUUUUCCUCUCUAGAAUCCUGUGUAGAUGCAUCUAUUUGUUUAUCAUAGAGAUCUGAUUCAAUAUUGGUUGAGUUGUGUAAUUUUUAUGCCAUAGAAGGAUUGCUUGAAUGAUUCAACAAAAACAAAAGAAUCUUUCCUGAAAAGUUAAUUGUGAUAAUUUAGAGUUUACCUUGCUAAAAAUGUGCAUGUAAGAGAAAAGGUCAUAAUAUAAUCUUGGUGACUUUGGUGCUAUACAUGGGGUGUGUGCUUUGUAUCAGUCUUAAUUAUUCUAUUCUUAGUCAUUGAUAAGUUUGAGAAAGACACAUGGUUAAGUUAAAUUGGAGCUUACGACUCAUCAUUUAUGGAAAGUGAUGCCAUGUCUGUUAGCUACUUGAUUAU